GGAACAUCUAGCCGUCCUGAGAAUUUUUUUUGAAAAAAUUUAAAAUAAAAAAAUAAAAUAUAAAAUACGUUGAAAUUUUAUAUUUUUAUAUUUCAUAUUUAUCAUAAAAUAAAUAUAAACUACAAAGAAGAAGAACUAUGAGAGAGAGAAAGGAUUCGGGUGCAUUUUAUUCAAUAGUGACUGGCCUCUAUUUAUAGGCAAGUAGAUACAGAGAUAAGAUCAACGAAUACGAUUUCUAACUAAAUAUUACCUCGAUACAUAUAAUCCUAACAUAACUCUUCUAUCUAAUGGACAUCCACAUUAUUAAUAUAUUUAUAACACUCCCCCUUGAAUGUCCAUUUCUUAGGAUAAUAGCUCGUUAAAACCUUUAUUAGAAAAAACCCAGUGGAACUCAUCUCAUCCAGAAUUGGAAACUCCUCCUUACGCAAUUUAUUUAUGUAGUUGUAGACUUGUUUGGAGGUAAUAUUUUCAUCAGAAAAUUGUGUCCAUAUCAUCCGUAAAAUGUGAACUGCCUUAGUCCCAACUUUAUAAUACUCCUCAACGAACUCUCUCACUUCUGAACUCAGUCCGCCCUAACCCAAGGCGGAUCUAUCAAAGAAUGAUUGUGCAUUCUCCACGGACCGGGAUAUACACGGAUCGUCCACCUAUCACAUAUUUUGUAGACAGUAAUCCGAAACUAGCAUCCGGUCAUCUGUGUCUUCAUAUUGGGUCGGGCGCGCAUGUUUUCAUCCACCUGUUGACUUUGGUAUCGGCCUCCUUUAUGACAAAGGAAUAUGGUACCACUAGUCUUGUGCGAGGAUAUAUUUAACUCCAUGUUGUACAUAUUUGCAAUACCCUUCGCAUAUGCAAUAGCUUUAGACUUUUCGACAAAACUAACAACAAACUAAACACAUAUUUAACAAAAAAAAAUUAUUUCAUAUGAACAUAUUAAAUUACAAAACAAAUGCUAAAAUAAGUACAUGAAUUAAAUAAAUUUAAAAAAAUUAGUUAAACUAAUGAAUUAAAAUAAACAAAUUAAUUAAUUAAAUACAUUAAAAAAUUAAUUAAAUAAAUGAAAAAAAUGGAUGGGCGCCACCCAUCAGUUAGUGGCGAGGGUUUUGCUCGCCACACCGAGUAGAGGUGGCGCCAAAACGGGUGCCACCCCCCUUCGCCUAAGGCGAAGUUUUUCUCACUUCCCUGUAAAGGGAGGCAAGAUUAUUCCACGCCACCCCGCAUAGGGGUGCGGGGUGGCGCGUUUCUCCUGCGCCAGUCGUGAAAGGUUGGCGCAAUUUUUUCUUGCCUUCUUUUUUUUUUAAAAAAAUAAAAAUUAAGGGUUAAAUAGUCUUUUAAUGUCUUUUUAAGGCGAUUAAAGGAAAAAAUUAGAGCGCUGUAACAUCCUUAAAUUCGAUAUUUAUUCUUUUGAAAAGCAGUGGCAUGGACCACACAUAUGUGAAAAUGUCCUUGGUUUUCUAACUUCAGACUUUUGAUGGGAGCAAGAAUAUAAUUCGUUAAAUAUCCUGCAGCUUUGUGGCUGCAAAUAUUUUUAAAUUCCAAAAAGGAAAAGAAAGUGUUCAUCUGGGUUCAGUUCAAUGAAUUUCGAUGUGUUUGUUUCUGAAUUAAUUAAUUGGUCUCUGCAGAUCUUGAUAGUGGACUACAAAUUGACCUUUCCAAGUGGCAUGGCAACUGCAGUUCUUAUUAAUGGCUUUCAUUCUAUGGGCGACGAUGUGGCCAAGAAGCAAGUAAAAAGUUUUACUAAGUAUUUUUCUUUGAGCUUCAUAUGGGGAUUUUUCCAGUGGUUUUAUUCUGGCCAAGGAGAGUGUGGAUUCUCUCAGUUUCCCACAUUUGGAUUACAAGCUCAAAAACAAACAUUCUACUUCGAUUUUAGCUUGACGUAUGUGGGAACUGGGAUGAUAUGUCCACACAUUGUCAACAUAUCCAUGCUACUGGGAGCUAUUCUUUCUUGGGGAAUUAUGUACCCAUUGAUAAGGAAGGAAAAAGGAGAUUGGUAUCCAGAAAACAUGCCAGAAAGUAGCAUGAGAAGCCUAAAUGGUUAUAAGGUCUUCAUCCCCAUUGCCCUUCUCCUAGGUGAUGGCCUCUACAAUUUCAUCAAGAUCACUUGCAUCACGCUCACUAGCAUGUAUGCCAAGCUCAGAGACAGAAGACUCGCCUCUUCAGGGAACCCUGAUGAAAACAAAGCGAUCAACCAUGAUCCGAAGCAAGAUGAGGUGUUCUUGAGGGAAAGCUUUCCCCUGUGGAUAGCUCCAUGUGGCUACAUUGCCAUGGCAAUCAUUUCAACUUUUGCUAUUCCCACCAUCUUUCCUCAACUCAAAUGGUACUACAUUGUGGUGGCUUACAUUUUUGCUCCAUCCCUAGCCUUUUGCAAUGCCUAUGGAGCUGGUUUGACUGACAUAAAUAUGGCCUAUAACUAUGGAAAAGUAGGGCUUUUUAUCAUUGCUGCACUUUCCGGAAAAGAGCAUGGCGUUGUGGCAGGAUUGGCCGGUGCUGGCCUGAUCAAGUCGAUCAUUGCUGUUUCUUUUACCUUAAUGCAAGAUUUCAAAACAGGCCAUCUGACCUAUGCAUCCCCUAGGGCAAUGCUAAUCAGCCAGGCGAUUGGCACAGUUCUCGGCUGCAUUGUUGCGCCCCUUAGCUUCUUCUUGUUCUACAAGGCAUUUGACAUUGGGAACCCUAAUGGUGAGUACAAGGCGCCGUACGCCAUUAUCUACAGAAACAUGGCGGUUCUUGGUGUGGAAGGGUUUUCGGCACUUCCCCGGCACUGCCUCCAUCUAUGCUAUGGGUUCUUCGUCUUUGGGGCCGGGAUUAACAUUGUGAAGGAUCUAUCACCCGCAAGGUUUGGGAAAUGGAUGCCGGUGCCAACAGCCAUGGCACUGCCUUUCUUGGUUGGGGCUUACGUUGCCAUAGACAUGUGCAUUGGAUCAGUGGUGGUGUUUGUGUUGGACAGAUUAAAGACCAACAAGGCAGAGCUACUGGUUCCAGCAAUUGCUUCUGGAUUGAUAUGUGGUGAAGGGCUAUGGACGCUUCCUGCAUCAAUUCUUGCCUUGGCUAAAGUUAAACCACCUAUUUGCAUGAAAUUCCUGGCUUCUUAGGAACAGUAAAACACUCAUCUCUGGUUUUCCAAACAAAAAAAACACAGACUUCUUUUUGUUCAUAUAUUUGAUCCGCAAGGAGGUUCCAUUACGUAUUGUUUUUCAACAAAAUGUCACGUAUUCAGUUCAGUAAUCCUUUCAAUAAAACCACAUUACCAUAGUUUAGGAUCCCAUUUCAUCCACCGGUCAGACAACCUUAGGAGAACGUUCCAUAAUUUUCAGUCGGAUUUCAACUUCCGACCUGAGAAAACAUGUCCCAACGGUGAAUUGAGUUCUUUUAAACCACCAGUGGUAACUAUGACAAUUAGGUUGUAUUAGUAUAUUUUGAGUUCACAAGUUGAGAACCAACAGUGGGUCUCAAUGUUACGGAAGUUUAACAUUUGAAUGUAUUUGUGUUACUCAUAAUAUUUUGGUUUAGUUCUUAUUGAAUCGUUGUAAACAUUGUCAGGUCUUGUAUUGAUGUUAUAGCAUGGUUUCGUGUAGCAUCACAAACUGCUACCUCGAUUUGAGAAUUAAAGUAGGAUAUCAGGAG